ACAUAGGCAGAGAGCAACAUCAAUGCUGAGCUCCCAGAAGGCUGCACCCAUGUCGGAGUUCAGCGAGAGAUCGCGGAGUGGCCUGAGCCAGGCCUCCAGCGUGGUCACCAUCUCCUCCAUCAGCACCUCACUGGGCACACAGACCAGCAGAGCGAUGAGGAAAAUUCACAGCUUCGCCAAGAGGGAGCAGUCCAUUAAACGUGACCCCAAUUCCCCCGUCCUGAUCAGAGGCUGGCUCUUCAAACAGGACAGUGCUGGGCUCAAGCUGUGGAAGAGGAGAUGGUUUGUCCUGUCCGAUUUCUGUCUCUUCUAUUACAGAGACAGCCGGGAACAGAACAUCCUGGGAAGCAUCCCGUUGCCAAGUUACGACAUUUCAGCGGCUGAUCCAGCGGACCGGAAAAGCCGGAAGUUUUCCUUCAAGGCUGAGCACCCCGGCAUGAGAACGUACCACUUCAGCGCUGACACACAGGAGGACAUGAGCGGAUGGGUGAGAGCCAUGAACCAGUCCGCACGUGUGGAGUCGCAGAGCAGUCGCUGCUCCUCUGGUGAGGGUCUGAGCCUUUUGCCUUACGUCCAGCGAUGCUCGAGCUUCGGAGACUUCACCAAAUCCGGAUUCUUCCCAAAUUCCCGGAGCGCCGAGUCGCUGGAGAUCGCCAAGCUGUCCGAGGCCGGGGGGGCGGCGGAACAAUAUCUGGUGAAAUCCGAGUCGGGGAAUCUCUAUGAAUAUCACCCGCUGAAUGGUUACCGAGGGGGUCCGGCUGGCGAUGGGCAGCGCAGGGAGCCCCCCGGCUCGGCACAGACCGUCCACCCUGUCAGGCCGGGCGGGGGGGAGGGGAGGGGGUGCGGGGACGCUCUCACAAUCACCGUCACUGUCCCCCCGUCGGCAGCCGGGGUCCGAGACCACCCAGGGAAGAGCCCGGGCGGCCCCGAGGAGGGAGUGGGUUGGCCGGACACGCCAGACGGCGGGUACUUGACCCCCCUCUCCGACACCACAGCGUAUAGCCGGGGCUUGCUCCCGACUCCGUCACGGGCUCUCUCCCCAGGACGCCCCUCCCUCCCCCUCCCACGGGGGGCUGGGUCCCCCCACAGCGGCUCGGCCGAGGAGCUCGAGACCGGGAGGGCUCGAGCCAGACCCCACACCCCCAUCGGCAGGUUUGACGUGCUUCCCCGCUCCCUCCCCACCGGUUACUUCCAGCCCCAGACCCAGCUCCAGUCCCAGCUUCAGGCCCCCGGCUUUCCCGGCGUUCCAGGCGGCUUCGCGGUGGGAUAUUACGUGACCUCGUCCUCCCCCCGGGUCCGGCCCCAGACCCCGGUCGGCCGGCUGGACGUCCCCCCGCCGGGAGCAGGGGACCACAAGGCUCCCUCGCCCGGGAGAUUCCGCGGCGUUCCUACCGGGAGACAACACGGGCACCGGGAUAGGCUGAGCCUCGCGGCUACGGAGGACGGAACGACCAGAGUGUGGAGCGGUCAGUCGCCAGGGAGACCACCCGGGCUGGGCCUCAGACCCCACACCCCAGCGGACAGAGUGACCGUCCUCCCCACUGACCACUACCCGCUGGACACCACCCUCACAAGGCAACCCUCGUGGUCUGCGGGGGCCUGGACCGAGAGGUGCUUCACCCCCCAACACUCGUACCUCACCCGGACCGUCAGUACCCCACGUCUGUCAGGAAACCACACAGCGCCUGGGCUGGAGUUGUUUCGAGAGCAUUCCUCACGGUCUCUCAGGGUGUCCGAGAACCAGGUUGAUGUGCUGCUGACCAGACUUUGUGGACAAGACAAACUGCUGCAGGGGCUGGUGGCAGAGGCUGACCAGCUCAAGGCAGAGAAGGACAAGCUGGAAGGUGUGCUGGAGGUGACCCACUGCCGCAUGGAGGAGUUCAGCCAACAGCCCGGGAUGGUGGAGAGGAUCAGUUACCAGCAGUCACUGCUACAGGAGGAACUCAUUCACACCCGAGCCAAGCUGUGCGACAUCACCACGGAGGUGGAGCGAGCAUGGGGGGAGUACGAGGGUCUGGAGAACGAGCUGUACCUGCUCCGAGCCUCAUGUGACCUCGUCAGUCGCUGUGGGGACCCCCAGGAGCAGGUGGGGGCGCGGAGGCAGCUGAGGAUGACAGAAGACGUUAUGUUUGGCCUCAGGGGGAACAAGAGGAGCUUCCAGACAGCCAUUGGGGCCAUAACACAGCCAGUGAUGUCUCUCCCAGUUUCCCCUCUCCCGCAUUCCCCUCUCCCGCAUUCCCCUCUCCCGCAUUCCCCUCUCCCGCAUUCCCCUCUCCCGCAUUCCCCUUUCCCGCAUUUCCCGCUCUCGCUUUCCCCUCUCCCGGAGCAACCUUCAGGACUACAGACGCUCUCUCCGUGGAGUCCGGUGGGAAUAUCACCGCUUCCUUCUCCCACCGCAGUGCGGCCGGUACCGGAUAGAGAAUUCCCAGAGGUGCCCGAAGAGACCCCCCACGGCCCCCCCUGCCGUGGGCGUUCUCCCCCCAGGAGCAGCCCCCACCUCGGCAACCUGCCCCCGCCUCCCUCUCCCCCGCACACCUCCAGAACCAGCCCCAAGGCCGGGCGGGGGAGCAGAGAGACCAUCGGGACUCACCGGCUAAUGGAGACCUUCACAAGGUGA